CCUCUCUAGGGUGAGGUCACCCUUUGGGAGGGCGAGUGCCGCCUCCUCGGCCGGGACAGUCCACCUGCGGCCAUUUUCAUGCCCUUUCUCGCGGCGGCGCGGCGGCCGUAACACGUGCGUUCGCUCUGUCGCCUUUUCUCUUGGUGCUGACCGGUGGCGCACAUCGAAAAAUGCCGGGUUGUUGUGUGCCGCAGUGCACCAACCACUCCAGAAAGGGAUGGAGAAUGUUUCAGUUCCCGAGGGACCCCAAGAGAAGGCUGCUUUGGACAGUAAAGACCAAGCGCGACAAGUGGCAACCGACAAACACAUCGUGCAUGUGCAGCGUGAGUAAAACUUUCCUUCGUAUGCCAAAGGAUUCGCAUGUGCGUGCCGUUGAGGUACGCGAUUCAUUUUUAUUGAGAGAACGUGUGGAAGGUAUGCACAGGGACAUCUGGGUUUUAUUUGCGGAGUUCUCACCAUGCCCUGCCGCCUACGGCCACGCUUUGCUGUCUCGAGUGGUGAUGUGGACGCGAGUGAUUGAACCUCAGACGGCUCACUUUGAACCAAGCAGCUUUGAACAGCAUUGUUCAGAUGGAUGGAAAAAGCUGAAGCCGAAUGCAGUUCCAACUCUUUUUUCAUUCAAACGUAAGUUGUUAUUUCUAAAGUCCGGAUAAGUAUUAUAUAGCUAUUGUUACCUGCAUUGCUUACAAGCCGUCUCGGGAACAUGCUUGUGGAUAGCAUUAAAUAAAAAAAACAUUUUUAACCUUCUGGAAAUGUCGGGUUCGUGCACGUUAGCGUACAACAUUAACAUGCUUGCUCCAGUUUAUGUGCGUUCUCAAGAGUACACUGUAGAAAAGAUGUGAUCCUUGGUCCCAUCUUGCUUGUUGUAGAAAAGAAUGUACUAGCU